CUGUCUCAUAUCCAUCUCUUCGUUUUUCCGUUCUACAUAUUGUUAGCGUGCUUCACUACUUCCUACAACAACCAAUCUUCCCUUCUCUAUUAUACAACCGCAUUAACCCCUUUCUCUCUUCUCCAAACUCCAAUGUCCUCCUUCAAAACCCUACUCUCCCUAGUCCUGGUUGUGGUCGUGGUCGUGGUCGCCGCCGAUGAUGCGGCGGUCAUGUCAAAUUUCCUUAAAUCCCUCGCGCCACCACCCUCCGGGUGGUCCCAGUCAACCCCAUUCUGCAAGUGGGAGGGAGUUCAAUGCGAUUCGAAUAACCGCGUGAUCAGCGUAAACCUCAUGUCAAUGUCCCUCACCGGAACGCUCCCCUCCGAUCUCAAUUCGCUCUCUCAACUCCACUCUCUCUCCCUCCAAGACAACGCGCUCUCCGGCACGAUUCCCUCGCUCGCCAACCUCUCCGCCCUCCAAACCGUGUACCUCAACCGCAACAACUUCAGCGCCGUCUCCGCCGCCGCCUUCGCCGGCCUCACCGCGCUCCAAACCCUCAGCCUCGGCUCUAACCCUAGCCUUGCCCUGUGGACCUUCCCCGCCGACCUCGCUUCCUCCACCAACCUCGCCGAACUCGACCUCGCCACCGCGAGUCUCACCGGUUCCUUACCUGAUAUUUUCGACAAAUUCGUCUCUCUCCAGAACCUUCGCCUCUCCUACAACAACCUCACCGGAAUGUUACCAAAUUCCCUCGCCGGCUCUUCAAUUACGAAAUUGUGGCUCAACAACCAGGCCACCGGGUUCACCGGCACCGUUCAGGUUAUUUCCAACAUGACACAAUUGUCCCAGGCCUGGCUCCAUACGAACCGGUUCACCGGUCCCAUUCCGGAUUUGUCGCAGUGCAAGAGCCUCUUUGAUUUGCAGCUCCGGGACAACCAGUUAACCGGUUUGGUCCCUGGUUCCUUGAUGAGUCUCUCGAGUUUGAAGAACGUUUCUCUGGAUAAUAACUUGCUUCAGGGCCCUGUGCCGGUGUUUGGGAGCGGCGUGCAUGUUACUCUUAAUGGGAUCAAUAGGUUUUGUUUAAACACUGCUGGGAAUUGCGAUCCCAGGGUGACGGUUUUGCUUAAGAUUGCUGAGGGGUUUGGGUACCCUAUUCAGCUGGCGAAUUCGUGGAACGGGAAUGAUCCUUGUGAUGGUUGGAAUUUUGUGGUGUGUGCUGAGGGUAAGAUUGUUACUGUGAAUUUUGCUAAGCAGGGUUUUCAGGGUACCAUCUCGCCUGCAUUUGCCAAUUUGACUGAUUUGAGGAGUUUGUUUCUCAAUGGGAAUAAUUUGACUGGUUCUAUACCUGAUAGUUUGACCACUUUGUCUCAGCUUGUGACUCUUGAUGUGUCUGAUAACAAUCUCUCUGGAGAGGUUCCUAAGUUCGCGUCCAAGGUGAAGUUAUUGACUGCGGGUAAUGCUUUGCUUGGGAAGCCUCUUAGUCCUGGAAGUGGAGGUACUCCUUCAGGGUCACCGCCUGGUGGAAGUAGUGGGGGGUCUGCUAACGGUUCCUCUUCGUUGACGCCAGGUUGGAUUGCUGGUAUAGUUGUUAUUGUUGUGUUUUUUAUUGCUGUGGUGUUGUUUGUGUCUUGGAAGUGUUAUGCCAAGGGGCGGAAGAGGGUGUUCAAGAGGGUUAAUGGUAGUGAAAAUGGAAAAGAAGGAUUUAAACUUGAUGUUGUCAGUAGUGCUAAUGGUGCUAAUGGUCAUCGACGUGCUCCCAGUGAGUUGCAAAGCCAGAGCAGUGGUGAUCUUCGUGCUUUUGAAGGUGGGCAUCCAACGAUUCCCAUCGAAGUUCUUCGCCAGGUGACAAAUAAUUUCAGUGAGGAGAACAUUUUAGGCAGGGGAGGGUUUGGAGUGGUUUAUAAGGGGGAGUUGCAUGAUGGAACGAAAAUUGCUGUCAAGAGGAUGGAAUCUGUUGCUAUGGGAAACAAAGGAUUGAACGAGUUCCAAGCAGAGAUUGCAGUUCUUAGUAAAGUUAGGCACAGACAUUUGGUUGCUCUUUUAGGGUUUUGCAUCAAUGGCAAUGAAAGGCUUUUGGUGUACGAGUAUAUGCCUCAAGGUACGUUAACACAGCACCUGUUUGAAUGGCGUGAGCAUGGGUAUACACCUUUGACUUGGAAACAAAGGGUUGUCGUGGCUUUGGAUGUAGCGCGAGGGGUGGAAUACUUGCACAGCUUAGCUCAGCAAAGCUUCAUUCAUAGAGACUUAAAACCCUCAAACAUACUACUAGGUGAUGACAUGAGAGCAAAGGUAGCAGAUUUUGGGUUGGUUAAACAUGCACCAGACGGGAAGUAUUCUGUUGAGACACGGUUGGCUGGAACAUUUGGAUAUCUUGCACCUGAGUAUGCAGCUACUGGAAGAGUGACAACCAAAGUGGAUGUUUAUGCAUUUGGAGUAGUUUUGAUGGAACUUAUCACCGGUAGAAAGGCAUUGGAUGAUACUGUGCCGGAUGAAAGGUCUCAUUUGGUUACAUGGUUCCGUCGGGUGCUAAUUAACAAGGAAAACAUUCCAAAGGCAAUUGAUCAAACUCUGGAUCCUGACGAGGAAACCAUGGUGAGCAUAUAUAAAGUGGCUGAGCUGGCAGGCCAUUGCACCAAUCGUGAACCAUACCAAAGGCCAGAUAUGGGUCAUGCAGUGAAUGUCUUGGUUCCUUUUGUGGAGCAAUGGAAGCCUAGCCAUGAAGAAGAGGACACCUCUGCCGAUGACCUUCAGAUGAACCUUCCUCAAGCUCUACGAAGGUGGCAAGCCAAUGAAGGCACUUCCUCAACAUUUAAUGACAUGUCCCUUACACAAACCCAAUCAAGCAUCCCCUUCAAACCUGCUGGAUUUGCAGACACCUUUGAUUCUAUGGAUGGCCGGUAACCAAAUUGAUAAACCAGACAAUUAUCCAAGGGCAUCUUUAGUCCGUACGAGAGUGGAAUGGAAGAUUUGGUUGAGGAGAGUAAUACCCAAGGAAACCAAAAGUUGUCAAGGUGUUUUGAUCUAGUAGCAUCACCAAAUUGUUUGCAGUUUUAUUUAUUAUUUUAAAAUGUCAUUUUUUAGGUGUUCUUAAAAUCCCCUCUAGCUGAAUAUGGAUCUGGGUUUGACGUUCUUUAUUGAUUCUUUUAAGCCAACGUGUGGGCUUUAAAGGAUGGUUUGGGUACCUGAUUGUGAAAAUGAUUAUUCUUUUUUGGAGGAAGAGAAAAACUAUAGAUAUAUUAAAUGUAUUAUAUCCUUUUUUAUGGAAUCAGAAUUCAGAAGUA